GUAUCCAGAGAAUGGCAUAGUAGAAAUGGACACUAAAAAUCUUCGACCACGAGCAAGAACCAUUCUGAAGUGGAGUGAACUAAAAGUGGGUGAUGUAGUGAUGGUUAACUAUAAUGUUGAGGCUCCAGAAGAAAGAGGAUUCUGGUUUGAUGCAGAAAUUACCUCUCUCAGAGAAAUUUCAAGGACUAACAAAGAGGUUCAUGCUAAAAUUCUGCUGGGAGGUCCAGAAGAUGCAAUAAAUGACUGCAGAAUCAUUUUUAUAGAGGAAGUGUACAAGAUUGAAAAGCCAGGAGCUUAUCCACUGACAUUUGGAGAUGGAGAUUUCAAAAGAAAGAGUGGUCCAGAAUGUAAGCACUGCAGGGCUGACCCAGAUAAGGAAUGUCGCUUUUGCUCCUGCUACUUGUGUGGUGGAAAACAGGAUGCUCACAUGCAACUUCUUUGUGAUGAAUGUAAUAUGGCUUAUCAUAUAUACUGCCUGAACCCUCCCUUAAGCACAAUACCAGAAGAUGAGGAUUGGUAUUGUCCUUCAUGCAAAAACGAUUCUAAUGAAGUUGUAAAGGCUGGAGAAAAACUCAAACAGAGUAAAAAGAAAGCAAAGAUGCCAUCUGCCAGUACUGAAAGCCAGAGAGACUGGGGCAAGGGCAUGGCUUGUGUUGGUCGCACUAAGGAAUGCACUAUUGUCCCUUCUAAUCACUAUGGACCUAUACCUGGUGUCCCUGUUGGGACAACCUGGAAAUUUAGAGUUCAGGUGAGUGAAGCAGGUGUUCACAGACCUCAUGUUGGUGGAAUUCAUGGACGCAGUAACGAUGGAGCUUAUUCACUUGUACUAGCUGGAGGAUUUGAAGAUGAAGUGGACCGAGGAGAUGAAUUCACUUAUACUGGGAGUGGAGGUAGAGAUCUUUCUGGAAAUAAAAGAAUUGGAGAACAUUCAUUUGAUCAAACAUUAACACACAUGAACAGGGCAUUGGCCCUUAACUGUGAUGCCCCAUUGGAUGAUAAAAAUGGAGCAGAGUCUAAGAAUUGGAGAGCUGGUAAGCCAGUCCGAGUAGUGCGCAGUUCAAAAGGACGACGGAUCAGCAAAUAUGCCCCAGAGGAAGGCAACAGAUAUGAUGGCAUUUACAAGGUGGUAAAAUAUUGGCCAGAAAUUGGAAAAUGUGGGUUCUUAGUUUGGCGCUAUCUUCUGAGGAGAGAUGAUAUUGAACCCGCACCCUGGACUUCAGAAGGGAUGGAACGGUCAAAGAAACUGGGUCUGAGUGUACAGUAUCCAGAAGGCUAUUUGGAAGCCAUGGCUAGUAAAGAGAAAAAGAAUAAGGUUAAGAAGCAAAGUGGGAAGCAAGAGCCAACCAGCCAGAGUAAUGGAAACCAGAAAAGGACAAUUGAUGAUGGUAUAGAGGAGACUAAAAAUACAUCCAAAGCCAUGAGAAUGGGAGAUGGAGGGAAAGGAGAAGCUUUCCAACUGACCCAGCAACAGCAGUGGCUGAUUAAAGAAGACUCUAUGAACCAGAAAUUGUGGGAUGAAGUACUUGCUUCUCUUAAGGAAGGACCAAAUUUCCUGAAGAAAUUGGAACAAUCUUUUAUGUGUGUCUGCUGUCAGGAGCUGGUUUACCAGCCAGUGACAACAGAGUGUCUCCACAACGUCUGUAAAAGCUGUUUACAGUGCUCUUUCCAAGCUGAAGUUUUUGCCUGUCCUGCCUGCCGCUAUGACCUUGGAAAGAGCUACGCCAUGGUUCCUAACAAGAUAUUGCAGACACUACUUGACCAAUUCUUCCCCGGUUACAGUAAAGGACGAUGA